AUGAGUAUGGACCAACCUGCCAGAAUCAACUUCUUCAAAGGACACCCCAGUUUCCGGUUGUUGCCUAAUGAAGAGAUAGUAGAAGCCACCAGACAAUUGCUCACCAGCGAAACUAGAGAUUAUGACGAUGACACAAGGAAUAGGCACCCAUUGACAUAUGGUCCUGAUGAAGGCGCUCUAUGGGUGAGGCAACAGAUAUGUGAUUUCAACAACAGGCUGUUUGGUAGUGACUCAAAACCGGAGUUUUUAAACUUGAGCAGUGGUUCCUCAUACGGAUGCCUGAGUGUCUUAUUACAUACUACAUUACCUCACACAAAUUUUACUAGACAGGCGUUCAUUAUAUCACCAACUUAUUUUCUGAUCAAUGAUUGUUUUAUUGAUGCUGGAUUUGGUUCAAAGCUAACUGCAAUUGAUGAGGAAGGAGAAGACUCCAUUAACUUUGAACAAUUACUAAGCAAAUUGAGGCACUUUGAAGAAUUAUAUGGUAAUAGCAAUGGCGAUGUAUCGAUUAUCCAGAACCCAAAUAAACCAACAAAAAAGGUGUACAAAUAUGUAAUGUACUGUGUGCCAACCUUUGCAAAUCCGAGCGGCAAGAGUUACUCUUUGGAAACGAGAACUAAAUUGAUAGAGAUAGCAAGAAGAUAUGAUAUGUUAAUAAUAUGUGAUGAUGUCUACGAUCUAUUAGAUUACUCGACAGAUGUUCAUGAGUGGCCAAGACCUCAAAAAAGGCUUGUACAUAUUGAUAGGGCUACGGCACCUGAUGAUAAUGAAUUUGGCAACACUAUAUCUAAUGCGACAUUUUCCAAGAUCAUUGCCCCUGGUCUAAGGUUUGGUUACCAUGAGACUAUAAAUGAUAAAUUAGCUGCUCAGCUCUCUAGAGGUGGUGCCAAUGUGUCUGGUGGUACACCUUCACAAUUAAAUUCAAUGAUAGUUGGCACCAUACUUCAAAAUGGGAGUAUGGAAAGAAUAUUAGGUAAACUAAGAGAAACUUAUAAAACUAGAUCAGUUGCAAUGUGGGAUUCAUUGCAGAAACACAUGCCAAAGGACACACAUAUCUCGUCUCCCAAAGGUGGCUAUUUCGUUUGGGUAACCUUACCACCCGGGUAUGAUGCCAAGAAAAUAGGAAAAAAGCUAAAAGAUGAGCAUGGAGUAAUACUGGCAAAUGGAUCAGACUUUGAAGUUAUAGGAGAUGAAAGAGGGUGGGGUGACAGAUCAGUGCGUCUUUCCAUUAGUUUUCUCGAGACUCCUGAUAUCAUUGAAGGUUGCGAGUUAUGGGGGAAAGUGUGCAAGGAGAUGGCACCCAGUUCAUAG